CCUCCAAAGCUUUUUUUUUUUUUUUUGCAAACAUGUCCUUCACAGUUCGGGGCACCAAAACCGAUCUCGAAGCAGAGAUGCAUCAGACUGAGAAACUAACUCACUGAGUCAUCAAAUCAGUCCAUCAGGUCAGGUGUCAUAGUAGAAAAGCAAUAAAAGGAUUUAGCAGACAAAUACUUGUAAUUAUCAUUUGCUGCUCAAUGAUCUCGUUAAUCCUUAUUGCUUGUGGCACCCAGCUGGCCAGCUACAAUGACGAUGAGCCAUAAAUGGGGCAACGCCAAACUGCCAAAUACGAGAAAAUCCAGAGGACAUUUACCAUAUUUGCUUCUUCUGACUUGGAGAGGUCAUGUCCACUAUCAGACUCUGCUCAUUUUGCAAACAAGCAGUAAUCUCUAAUAUCUCACUUCAAAGUUCAAAGCUUUUCCUGUCAUCAAAUCCAUAGCCUUUUGGGUAUUAGGAGUCUAAUUUUUCCAGUGUUUAGGGUUUGCCUUUGUAGGUUGCUGACUUCUUGUUCCGUCCUUCUCUCACUUUAUUUUGCUGAACACAGCAUUUUUCUCCUACCCAGAAAAGAAACAGAAAGAAUUCAGUGCCUUAGAAGCUUAAUAUGUAAAUCUACUGGAUUGCAAUAGCAUUUGCAUUCUAUGCUUUCUUCUUAUCAUUACAAAAAUUUCCAGUUCGGUGAUUGCUUGAUAAAAUUCCCCAGAGAGGGAUAUUGCAACAUUGGUCAAAAGCAAUUGCCACAGAUUGAAUCAAGGGAAUGCCGAAUGCCUACCACCACGAGCAGUAUCACAUAAGAUUUGUGACGAGACAAUGAGGUGAGUCAGUAAGGAGUACUACGGGGAAAAUUCUUAAAAUAUUAAUUAAAUUUAAGCUUUGUAGAGAUUAUUUUAGCAGGUACUUGCAUCAAUGGUGAGGACGUUUCAGUGACAAGGAUAGGUCAUCACUAGAAAUUGUUAAACACUGUUUGAUAUAACGGACGGUUCAGAUAUUGAAGGGUUAUUACUCAUUAAGCAGAUAGAGUGGUUGUUCCCCAUCAACCAACCCGGUAAGAAAUUGACCCAAUAUUGUUUUUGUGUACUAAUUUUCUUAAUUAUUAUCUAAUUAAUCAGCUACUUAAUCUCAGUUCAGUACCUAGCCAAUGAGGCAUCUUCAGUAUUCCUAGUUCAGCAUAUUUAUUGAAGUCAAAAUAUUGGAGCUUUUUUUAUUCUUUUUUAAUAGGGACAAACUAACCCAAAAAUAGAAAAAUAAAAUAUUUUGCAUUGAAAGCCUUCAAACAAUCUCCUUUUAUUGGAACCAACAGAUCAUCAGAAGAAAAGGUUCUGCAGUCUUAGGCAGGCAGCCUAAACUAAACCCUAUAAGGAUUCUUAUGACUAUUACAUUGCACAAGGACCUGUUGUGAGCUAUAAAGUGCCCUGGUGGAAACUUUAUUUUGGUCUUGGUGGUUAUGUAUAAAUUUCUCUCUGUUCCUUUCUGUGAUAUUUACUUGUGAGUUGUCAAACAGAAAGAGAAGAAGUUGGGUUCUGUAUCUCUCUACUGUGCUUGAAAAGAAGGCAGAAUCACUUGUCUUAGAAGCAAUAUCUCUCCACCAAGAGACAGAUAGAAGGAAACUGCAUUUUGUGUUUGUGUGUAUAUAUAUAUAUAUAUAUUUAUGUUUCACAGAAUUUAAGUUGAAUUUUCUUUUUUCUCCCCUUGUCUUUUUCUACAAAUCUUUCAAUAGUUGAGUGAUCUGUGCUUGUCCUUUGGAAGUUUGUGUGACCCCAGAGCCAGCUCCUCUCUCAUUUUUCAUUUCUCACAGUCACAGACACAAAAAGAAUAUCAUCAUCAUCAUUAUUGAAGCUUUUCUAACUAAGAAACAUGAAAAGAAGAAUGUGCUGUUUUCUAAUGGCAACUCUGCAGAUAAUCACUUGUUAUUCUGUAGCAAGCUGGCAUUUUGCUUCACAUGAUAGGGUUCCUCAACAGGGCCAAAUCCCACAGUUCCUGCAAGAUGCUUUUGGCCCAGAUCAGGGGAUUAAGAGCAAGGAAGGGAGAGCUUAUGGAAGUGAACAAAUAUACAGAGGGCUAAGCAGACUUGGGUCAAGGCCACCCAACUGUGAGCACAAGUGUGGAGGCUGCACCCCUUGUAAUGCCAUACAAAUACCUGCAACCAAUGACCACAAAAGGCUUGAAUAUGCUAAUUAUGAGCCUGAGGGAUGGAAAUGCAAGUGUGGCACUGCUUUCUUUAACCCAUAACUCAUUGCAGUGAUGAAGCUCUUCCCAUUUUGUACAUGUAUGAUUGCUUAUUCACCUCUUUUCUUUUUUCUUUUCCUUGAAAAUUUUGUGAGGUAUAAUAGGAAGAAAUUUUGCUGGCCUUUAAAAUGCUUGAUAAUGAUUAAUUAUGUUUAUUUUA